UUUUAAUCAGCACGAGACUAUAUUCACAAUCCGGCGAAUUAAAAGCUCACAUGCUUCACAGUUGUGUGAAGUUCAAUGAUCUGUUUUUUAUUUUUUAUUUUUGUUCUUUUCUGUUUUUUGUUUCUAAACUUUGGAAGGUAAGAUUUUUGAGCUUCUUAAGCUUUGAGAUAAGACUAAACCCUCUUCUAUUUUGUAGAAAAUUAAGAUGUUUACAUCUGUGGAUGGGAAAGAUUCCAAUGUUAGAGACUUUCCUCUGUUUGCCUCCACCCAACAUCUCCCCCAUCUCAUCUUCCCCAAGCCCACACCACAUGCUCUUAACCCCAUCCCUACUCUUCCCAAUUUACCCUCUUCUUUCCCCUUUAUUACCCCAAUUGCCACUCCCUCAUCUCCAUUUCUCCAUGCCCUUUUCUGGUAUUUCACAUGGGGUGUUGCUGAUAAUGAUGAUGAUUUGGGAGGGAGGCUCAAUUUUGGGAUAUGUUGGUGUUAUUAGACAAGUAAAUGAGGAAUCUUUGAGGUGCAGUUUCUAGUUUUUCUCAUUCUCAGUUUAUGAAUCUGAAUUAGUAGAAAGAAACAAGAAAAAGAGCCAAAGAGAGGAGAAAAAAGAACAGCCAAUUGGGGGAAAUGACAUGAUAACUCGCCAAUUUGUUUUGCUCUCUUCUUAAUGCUGAUGAAACCAUCAUGAGCUGUGAGGUUCUUCUUCAAUCUCUCCCAUGGCGGAUCCUGAACCAGAGAAAGCUGGAAUCUCUUCUCUUAACAUGUCUUCUAAGAAAGAGCUUCUAUCCACAGCCAUGAAGAGAACCAGUGAAUGGAUUUUUUCCCAAGAAAUUCCAAGUGAUGUCACAGUUCAUGUUGGAGAAGCCUCCUUCUCCUUGCAUAAGUUCCCACUCGUUUCAAAAUGUGGUCACAUAAGGAAACUUGUCUCAGAAUCAAGUGAUGCUGAUCUCGCAACCGUCGAGCUCCCGGAUUGUCCCGGGGGAGCGGAGGCUUUCGAGCUAGCUGCCAUGUUUUGCUAUGGGAUAAACUUCGAGAUUGGCACCGAGAACAUUGCGAUGCUCCGGUGUGCAGCGGAGUAUCUCGAGAUGACGGAGGAAUACGCCGUGGGAAACCUGGUGGGGAGAACUGAGGCUUACAUCAAUGAAGUUGCACUCAAAAGCCUUGGAGGGGCAGUGUCUGUUCUGCAUAUGUCUCAAAGCCUUCUUCCAACUGCAGAGAAGGUCAAAUUGGUGAGCCGCUGCAUUGAUUCUAUUGCCUUUGUGGCUUGCAAAGACAGCCAUUUUAGUAUGUUAGGAGGGGGCAGAAAUUCUGAGGGUGCCCUUCCUAAGGGCUUUGUUUCUUCCCUUCCUACUACUACUACUCACCCAAGGCCUCUUGUUGAUUGGUGGGCUGAGGACUUGACUGUUCUCAGAAUUGACAUCUUCCAAAGAGUUCUUGUUGCUAUGAUGUCCAGAGGCUACAAACAUUAUGCUCUCGGUCCCGUUCUCAUGCUCUAUGCGCAGAAAUCGCUUCGUGGUUUGGAGGUGUUUGGGAAGGGGAGGAAGAGAAUUGAGCCACAACAAGAGCAUGAGAAGAGAGUUGUACUGGAGACUAUAGUGAGCCUUCUGCCGAGGGAGAGGAACACGUUGUCGGUUAGCUUUCUUUCGAUGCUCCUGCGUGCAGCUAUAUAUCUCGAGACGACGGUCGCUUGUCGGUUAGAUUUGGAGAAGAGAAUGGCUGUACAACUGGGGCAGGCUGUUUUGGAUGACCUUUUGAUCCCUUCAUAUGCCUUUACUGGAGACACAUUGUUCGACGUCGAGGCCGUGCAGCGGAUCAUGAUGAAUUAUCUUGAAUUCGAAGUUGAAGGGAACCAAUUCAGGUACAACGGGAAUGAGGAACAUGUCUCCCCUUCAUCAGGCGACCUGGAAAAAGUGGGAAAACUAAUGGAGAAUUAUCUCGCUGAAAUUGCCUCGGACCGCAACUUAUCCAUCUCGAAAUUCAUUAAUCUUGCUGAACUUAUCCCUGAACAAGCAAGAGUUACAGAAGAUGGGAUGUACAGGGCCAUAGAUAUCUACUUAAAGGCUCAUCCUUCAUUGAGUGAUAUGGAAAGGAAGAAAGUGUGCAGUUUAAUGGACUGCCAAAAGCUAUCUAGAGAGGCCUGCGCUCACGCCGCCCAAAACGAUCGGCUUCCCGUUCAGACGGUGGUGCAGGUGCUUUACUACGAGCAGCAACGGCUACGAGACGUGAUGAAUGGCGGUGCGACCGGAGUCGAGUUGCCUACAGUUCCUGCUAAAAUGAGCAUAUAUUCCACUGAUGUAGCAGCAGUUGCUGCACACCCAGUUUCAGAUGAGCUCUCCAUUUUGAGAAGAGAGAAUGAGGAUCUAAAACUGGAGCUGGUGAAAAUGAAGAUCAAAAUGAGAGAAUUUGAGAAGCCAUCCAUAAGGAGUCCACAACCAAACACUCAGCUGUUGCAGCCUGCUUCUGCUGCUUCAGCUGAGAAGCCUCCACUGCCCAAGAAGUCAUUCAUAAACUCGGUGUCAAAAAAGCUCGGUCGGCUCUAUCCCUUCGUCCGCACCGAUGGAGUCCCGUCCAACUCGAAAGGCCGAGUAAGGCCUGCCAAGGACCGGCGACAUUCAAUAUCCUGAGAGGCCAGGCAGCUUUCAAAACCUCUCUACACAGCUUUUGUGAAGAGUCUGGUUUUUGUUUUGUUUCUUUGUUUUGUUUCUUUGUUUUGCUUUCAAGGAUUUGAAACCUUAAAAAAAUCUCUGCCAUUUGGUCCCUUUUGUAAUCUCUCUUAUGUUGUAAAUAAUAUUGACAUUUCUCAGUGUUUGUAAUAAUGAUAAAAGCAUAUUCAUUUUGAGA